AUGAUGACGUUAUCGGAACCACAAGACAUGGAGAUGGAGUUUGUUGAAACAUUCGUGAACAUGACGAACGUGACGAGCCAAUCGGCGGCGUACUCGGAGCCCUAUACGCUCGACCUUCUGGUGCCUCUCAGCAUCACAUACGCUGUCAUCUUCGUCGCCGGCAUCUUAGGAAACACUAGCACAUGCAUAGUCAUUGCGCGGAAUCGUUCUAUGCAUACCGCUACAAACUUUUAUCUAUUUAGUCUUGCCAUAUCAGAUCUUAUUCUCCUCGUGUGCGGAUUACCUCUUGAGCUCCAUCGUCUAUGGUAUCCCUUUACGUAUCCUCUAGGAGAAGCAGAAUGUAUAACGAUAGGUUUAGCUUCAGAGACAUCAGCGAAUGCUACAGUGUUGACUAUUACCGCGUUUACUGUUGAACGAUACAUCGCGAUUUGUAGACCUUUCAUGUCGCACACAAUGUCAAAGCUCUCAAGAGCCGUGCGAUUUAUUGUAGCGAUAUGGGUGUUCGCGUUAUGUACGGCGGUGCCGCAAGCCAUGCAGUUCGGUCUAGUAUCGUAUGUGGAGAAUGGACAAACUAUCGUCGAGUGUACUGUGAAGGGCCCGGGCGUUCAUCAAGUAUUCGUUAUAUCGAGCUUUGUGUUUUUCGUGGUGCCUAUGUCAGUGAUAACUGUAUUGUACGCUUUGAUUGGUGUAAAGUUACGCACGUCGCGGGUACUGCAUCCUGUGAAGAAGCUAUCAGUGGACAGCAAUGAGAGGCCGUACGGACAGACGCAGUACAGAAACGGCGCAUCGCAGCGCAGGGUUAUCAGAAUGUUAGUUGCCGUGGCUCUGUCAUUUUUCAUAUGCUGGGCUCCGUUCCACGUACAAAGGCUUCUGGCGAUAUACGGGAAGAGUUUGGAACACCCAUCCGAUACCUUCUACCUGGUUUACAUCGUGCUUACGUUUUUGUCCGGCGUGCUAUAUUAUCUAUCGACUGCCAUCAAUCCGUUCCUGUACAACAUAAUGUCGAAUAAGUUCAGAAACGCUUUUAAGAUGACAUUAGCGAACUGGUGCGGCAGGCGAGGAGUGCCGCGCAUGGGGCGGACGUAUAGCGCGUUGCUGGCCUCUCAGCGGCAGCGCGCCAUGAACGGGUCGGCGGAGCGCGGCCGCACGCGCCGCCUGCGUCGACUCUCCACUGCCACUACCCAGCUGGGCGAUGCGCCGCCUAGAGCGGAGUGCUACAAAGACCGCGACCUCUCUAUAGUGAACGAGUCACCGAGCGGGAAUAGCCAAUGGAGCCAGGCGUGGCGUCUCCGAGCCGAUCCCUCAGACUCCAUCGGAUCUCCUCGGAGCAUCUCUAACUCCAGCCUGCGCGAAGUGGACGAGGAGCUGACGGGCGAGGAGCUCGCCACCUACAUGUACAAUGUGAACGACACCGGUGGACCAACCUGAGACACGACCGUUUAGUUCCUUUAGUGAUUUCACGUCCACGGAAUAGUGACGGUGCUUUAAAGACAAACGGCCUAAGAGACAUGUGAUUUAUUGAGGUACGUUGUACGUUAGGUGGUUGUUGUUUGUUGUAGAAAUUUGCAUUUGUUUGUACUGGAAAUAAACAUAACGCGUGUUCCUUUGAGUGUAAGCGAGUAGUCUGCCCUUUCUAAAUGAAGUAAUUGGUAUUCUUUAUGCAAGUUCAGAUUUAGGAUAUGAUGUUGAUAAGGAGAACGUUUUUAGGAUUAUAGUCGGAAUAUCCAGCGGACCGAUGCUAUAAAUAAUUCGGCAGUCUCGGGUACAAUCAUAGGCACGCAGCAACUAUAAUUCAUGUCACUCCUAUUAAUCAUGAUUUAAGGGUUUUCCUUAAAAGCGCGAUUAAAAUUUUGAAUAUAACCGAAUUCAAAAUUCACACAUAAUUUGUCGCUGUAGAAGUCAUACAAGUGCUUAGUUGAUGUGAUUUAUAUAAUAAAUGUACAUAUAUACAAUUGUAAGUGAUAAUAGAAAGUAAAAGUGACAUUUGAAAUUUUUAUUAUUGUUGAAAAUGACUGUAAAUUGAAAAAAAAAGAAUACUCUAGAGUAUAGUUGUGUGGGUUGUAAAAAGUAUGUGCUGAGCACAAUAUUACAUGUUACUGUGCGAUAGGGUAUGAUUUAGUUUACAAACAAAUGUUAAAUUUAAUGGUAAAGGAAUAAAUUAUUUAAACAUCAUGUUAAAUAUAUUUUAUUCAAAAGUAAGGCGAAAGGUAUCUUAUUUUACUAAUAUUACCUAUUACCCUUCCUCUCUACCUCACAGUCUUUCUUAAGUACUUUUAAAUGCAAUAAUUUGUAAAAAUGUUUGGAUGUUUGCUAGCAGUAAACUCAGAAACCGGUGUACGAAUUUGAAUGAAAUUUAUCACAUACCUAUAUUAUAUCCUGGAUUACGUAUAAGUUACCUUGUAUUACGGUAACAUGCUCCCUUAGCAAUAAUUAAAACCUUUGAUCUGAUUUCGUCGCAGAGGUGGGACUCUUGAUCGAUACCGUUAUUUAUUGGAACUUUUAUAGCAUGGGAGGUUUUACCGCGGGUGAAGCCGCAAGAAACACGUAGUAUGACAAUAAUAGCAAAUACUAGCUGGCUUAGGCCAAAUAAAUACACUGAGAAGAAUUUACUUAUUGCCUAAAAUGUACUUAUUGCGUUUUCAACGGAUCGCGAUAUAUUAAGGAUGAAAGUAAAGCUGUGAAUAUUGUUUUCCAAAGUGUCCUACAAAGUAUUUU